AUGCGUCAACAUCACGACAAUCCAAGAUUUCGAAACCCUAUUCUCCAAUUCCUCGCUCGCCGACCUCGAUUCCGCUUGCAAUCAGCCCUCGACAACAGAUCCCCUUGCGCCAGCUGUACCACGGCUCUCUCCAGGCUCCAAGCCCUCUACUUCCCCCGCAGCCAGCUUCACUCAAUCGGAAACAUCUCCGAUGGCCAGAUCUACCCUUGGAUCUACACCGCUGCUGUCGUCAAUCCCUCAAUCUCAGCCUCCCUCUCUCCGUCCUCCGCCGGUGUCUAUCCGAGCCUCCUCCUCUCUCCGUCCUCCGUCUUCACCGCCAACGGCCCUCUGAAUUUUCCUCCCAGUCAAUCCGAGCCUCCCUCUCUCCGUCCUCCGCCGUUGUCAAUCCGAGUCUCCACCUCUCUCCAGCCCUCCGUCUUGACCGCCGAAAUCGUUCAGUAUCCCGGCAGCCCUCUCGCGCUCUUCAGGCCGUCCGUGCACGCAGGCCGUUCGAGGAUUGUUCUCCAGGGUGCAGAAUUCAUCCAUUUUCCAGCCGUUCAUCAAUCCUCUCGGUGUCUGCGGCUGUACGAUUGGGUUUCGGUGCCUCUCCCUUCAAUCGCGGAUCCAACUACGUACUUGCAUUUUCAAGAGGGUUUCGUCAAGUCGAGGGGUCAGGGAACUGGCAUAUGUGGCCUGAUCAGAAUUGGAUUCGUUCAUCAGCCUCAAAUAGUGAAUUCUGAGGUCCCUUUCAAAGCUGAAAUUCCAAGUAAGUUAUCUUUCCCUAGCUUUUUCAACUUUGGUUUAGCAUUCAAGGGUGCUCAUGAAUAGUAUGCGGGAUUGAAUUUAAGAAUCAUGGUGGCAGUCGGCUGUCAUUUCCCAGAUUUUCAACUGUGAUUUAGGGUUCAUAGGGUGCUUUUAAUCAGACCACGGGAUUGGAAUUGAGAAUCAUGUUGAUGGUCGACU